UACAAAGUGCCAUGACAAGGCGGAAACAUAAAUGAAUGAAUCUUCACUGAAAGCUUUCGUGGCUGCAGGAAUUCACCGUCUCUGGGUAUCCGGUGAAGUCGUGAGCCGGUCAGGCGCGAACACCACAAGUGGGGGGGUGGGGGGGGCCUUAAUGUCUGCAUAUAAAUGACAUUGAUAUGCAUGAUUCAUAAAUAUAAGAAGACAUCAUCGUCGCGGCGACAACACCACCACAAGGGAAUAAACAAAGGCGACUUUGUUGUCAAUAUCGUGGAGCGAACCCAAAGCGCAGCUACGUGACACCACAACAACAACAACAAUCACCAACGCCGCCUGAGACACCCGAGACAGUUCACCGCGACCCCUAAGUGGCACCCCCGCCCCGCCAGCCGCCUCGUGCGAGGGGCGGUGAGGGACCGCGGUGAACCGCGAACCUCUUUGCUGACUCGGCUCAAGACUCAAGUGCAAAACCGCUCGCAGCCACUUCACUGCGCGAGGACGCGGAGGAGGACGCGGCGGGGAAUGCGCCGCGUCUCCCUCCGCGAGGACUGCGGGAGUGGAGCCCGCGAGAGCCGCAGGGGCCACAGGGGCCGCGAGUCGUGGCCGCUGUGGCCACGCGGCCCCCCACCACGCGGCCCCCCACCACGCACGGCCCCCCACCACGCGGCCCCCCCACCACGCACGGCCCCCCACCACGCGGCCCCCCACCACGCACGGCCCCCCCCGCCUGGGCUGCUGAAGCGCCGGCGGUGAAAGUCUCCGCCGCCUUCUUCAACAGCGGGGUCGAGGCGCACGAGACACGGCGAACUGUGCCCCUCUGUGUGAGUGGCGUGUGAUGGGCACACUCGGCGAGACGCAGACACACACACACACGUGUCGACGUGGCGGAGCGGCAACUGCGACAGUGGAGGAAGAGAGACGGCUGUGGGGGACAUGGCGAGGAGCGAGUCGCUGGGUGCCAUGGCCAGCUGUAAGUGGUGGUGCCCGGCGCUGAUCGUCUGCAUCUACGGCUUCGUGUCUCAGCUGAGGCCGGCCGAGUCUUUCCUCAUGCCCUUCCUGCUCAGCCCCGACAAGAACCUGACGCGUGAGCAGAUCACCAACGAGGUGAUGCCGGUGCUCGUCUACUCCUACAUGGCCGUGCUGGUGCCCGUCUUCCUGCUGUCCGACCUGCUGCGCUACAAGCCCAUGCUGGUGCUGCAGAGCGCCAGCUUGGUGGCCGUGUGGCUGCUCCUGCUGUUCACGCGGGGCAUCCUCGGCAUCCAGUUCGUGGAGUUCUUCUACGGCGUGAGCAUGGCGGCGCGCGUGGCGUUCUCGCCGAUCCUCUUCGCGCUCGUGGAGACGGGCCACGUGCAGCGCGUGACGAGCGUGUCGCGCGCGGCCACCCUCCUCGGCCUCUUCGGCAGCUCCGCGCUGGGGCAGCUGUGCGUGACGGUGUGGGGCGUCUCCUACGCGACGCUCAACCGCGUCUCCCUGGGCUUCGUCUCCGUCUCCUUCCUCUUCUCGCUCUUCUUGCCGUGGCCCCGACGCAGCCUCUUCUUCCACCGGCCCCCGCCGGGCGACGUCGCCGCCGUCGCCGCCGCCGACGGGCGGUGCCCCGAGCGGGGGCCGCUCGCGAAGGGCGACGCGGACGCCGCCCGAGGGGGCGGCUUCGGCGUCGCGGCGCCCGCCGCCGGGAGCGCCGUGAGCGCCGGACGGGCGGCCGCCGCCACGUACCUCGAGUGGCUGCGCAGGGCGGGCCGCGCCGUCGCCUCGUCGCCCAGCCUGUGCUCGUGGUGCGCCUGGUGGGUGUUCGGCAUGGCCGGGUACUACAUGGUCCUCUACUACGUGCAGCUGCUGUGGGACGAGGUGGAGCCGUCGCGCGACAACCCCCGCGUCUACAACGGCGCCACGGAGGCCACGUCCACCCUGCUGAGUGCGCUGGCGUCGCUGGCCGUGGGCUUCCUGCGCGUGCGCUGGGCCGUGUGGGGGGAGCUGCUGCUCGGGGUGGUGGUGGCGCUGGAGGCGGCGCUGCUCUACGCCAUGAACGUCACGCGCAGCAUCUGGCUCUGCUACGCCGCCUACGUGCUCUUCCGCACGGUGCACCAGCUCCUACUCACCGUCGCCACGUUCCAGAUCGGCAAGGAGCUGACGCGGGAGUGCAGCGCGCUGGUGUUCGGGGUGAGCACGUUCCUCGCCACCGUGCUGCAGACCGUCGUGACGCUUGUCGUGUGCGACAAGCUCGGCCUCUCGCUGUCCGUGCGCGCCCAGUUCUACGUCUACUGCGGCUACUUCGUCACGCUGGCUGUGGCGUUCCUGUGCCGCGCCGCGUUCACCUUCGUCACGCGACGGCGCUCGGGCAAAAAGGGAGCGGAGCCCGUCACCUCCGACCUCGUCACCUCCGACCUCGUCGCCUCCGACCUCGUCACCCCCGACCCCAUUGCCCCCAAACCCAUCGCAUCCGAUCCCAUCGCCCCCGAACCCGUGACCCCUGACCCCGUCACCUCUGACCCCAUCGCCCCCCGACCACUUCACCCCAUACCCCCCACCACCACUGACCCCACCACCUCCUAACUCAUCGCCCCCGAACCCGUGACCCCUGACCCCACCAUCUCUUAACCCAUCGCCCCCGACCCCAUCGCUCCCGACACAGUGAACCGUGAACCGCGUUGCAGUCCCACCGCGUGCGACGCGGUGCCCAGCGGGAGUGUGGGGGGGGGGGGGGGGUGUGAGGACCUUCGCUGGUUGUUCGGGGUUCAGAUCGAGCUCAAGUCCUUGCUGGGAGCACUUUCACUUCCACACCGGCGGCGGCGGCGGCAGCGGCAGCAGCAGCUGCGACUGCUCCACCACUUGGGCGGCGGCGAGUCCACCUUAGCGGCCUUUGCAAGGAACCUAACAUUGCACACGUGUAUACAAAUGCGUGUGUGUGUAUAUAUAUUUAUGUAAAUCAACACAUACAUAAAUAGCAUAUAUGAAUGUAAAAACUCUAAAUGUUUGAGAAGCCAUCACGGCCCGCCACUCGUCCCGUCGUGGUGGACAGGAGGUUGCAGGUUGGAGCCACACGGUUAGAAUCUUCUUCUAAAAAUCUGGCGACAAAUCCCAAAAGUUUUGGCUUUUGUCCACGUUGAAAGUCGACGCCAACCGCAGGGGGAGCGUCGCGCUAACGACCCAAUUGACGAGUUGGAGGGACGCGGAUUUCAUUUUUAAUUUUCCGAGCUGCCGUGUAAAUCAUGCUGCCCACUUAAGAUGCCGCUCACUUUGACCGUCGCAGCAGCGGCAGCAGCAAGUCACGAAUGGAACCUCGACUGGAGUAGCGUGACGACGCGUUGAAGGGAAGAUAAUCGUUAGGAAAGCCCUCCCAGAGAGGACGGUGCGAAUGAGAUUUGUUGUUAUCGAGUCGUGGCUGUGAGACUUGAGUGCGCAUCUAAUCACGUGGUGCGUGGUGAAUCAUUGCUGACGUAGUAACACCGACACAGCAGCCUUCAGCAGUUGGAGUCUUUAUUUCUCCCAGCACGAGACACCCACGGGGUCUUCGAGGAUUCCCUUCACCCCAAGCGUCUCGGGCUCUCGCGUCCCCCCCCCCCCACCACCUUUAUAUCCCUCAAGCCCCCUUUCUCGAAGGUUCCUUGACCCACUUUCUCUCCAGCCAAUCACCUUCCCGCUUUCCCUCAACGACCUCCCUGUCAAUCAUCUUCCGUCACCCGCUCUUUUCCAUUCUAGUAUUUGUGUAAGUAGUGUAUAGUAUUGUAGUGUACAACAGUGCAGUGUACAGUAGUGUAGUGUAUAUUGUAGUGUUUAUCAUACCUGUCAACCCCUUAUCAGUGCCCUACCUUGUUACAUACCUAUUCAGACUUUAUUGGUCACCACGUGCCCCUUAUAAAUAUCAACAUUCAUCCUAAAAAAGUCCCAUCACAAGGGAGAAACACAGAUUAUGUUACGGCUCUACGCCGUAAGCACCUGAAAACUGUACAAGAAUACGGUGUUAACCGUACGGGUUGACAGCGAUGCAUUUCUCCUCCAAUCCCUUCCAAUUCCCCUGCGCGUUCUUUUACUUUGCUGAUUAUCCGUUCCACGCGGUGCUCCACCGCGCAUCGUCCGUAGCAAUACAAUGUUCACGCUCGCGUUUACCGGUGGACUUUUAAUUGAGUCGCGCAUGAGACGAUUAUAGAUGAUUAUACGAUUGCACAGUUUUUACAUUUUGAAUUUUUUUAACGAACUCGGCACUGUGGCUCAGAACGCAUCACUGUGGCUCAGAACGCAGCACUGCACCACACUACGCAGCACUGCACCGCACCACGCAGCACUGCACUACGCGUGUCUGUGGUCGUCCUCGAAGCGAGAGAGCAAACACUACAACGCGUCACUCGGUUUUGGUGAUGGGGGCUCUUAAAUGGGCAAUUCUGAUCACCGACGUUCAGAGUCCAAGGCUGAAAUCUUGGGCUCCCGUCCCCUCCCCCCAAGAUUAAAACGAGGCUCUCGCGAUCAGCGAUUUCUCUGGCCUCAAUCCAGGCGCCGAUGACUCCGAGCGAAAAGAACAAUCAAACUACUUGUUGUGCUCCUCAUUUCUGCGGCCUCUGACGGCGCACGGUGUCACCGCGCGGUGCCUCCUCAUGCCGCGGGGAUUUCUGCUUCGCGGACGUAUUCCUCGUUCAUGGCUCUUGACGCAGCCGGCGUGCGCUCCUCUUAAGAUGCUCCCCGCUUCCCUGGAGGCUGCGGAGUCCACGAGGUUUCUCUCUCUCUCUCUCCGAGCCUCUGCCGUCCAACUCUGGCCGCCUUCCGUCCCCGGUGGGGCAUUGCCGGUUGGGGUCGCGGUGCUUAUUUUGACAAUGAGACUCGAGCCAACUUGGAAAAAAAUGCACGUCAAUAAAUACCCCCAAGAUACAAUAAACACACACACAGGGUGAUGGCAUUCUGUCCACAACUGUGCGAACGACGUAUCCUUUGAUGCGUCGAGAAUCAGUCAAAUCAAGAGAAGAGAAAUCAAACCAAAGUAUGUUUUCAUAAACCCGAUUGCAAAUACAGCAAGACUCCACCCACGCUUUACGUCGGUGACGUGUUCCUACAAUGCGUGACGACGAUCGAAGCGAUUUACUCGGGUGGCGGUGUGUGUGUGUGGGUUGAGGCGACGCAACUCGAGUGGCGGUGUGUGAGGUGCAAGAGUGACGACUUGGUCGCGAAACGACGUUCAACGGGGUGGGGAGCGACGUGCAUCGUGGCUUGGCUGUGCGCACAAAUGUCAAUGUCUUAGCAAUGCAAGGAGUUUUCUUUUGUUUUAAACUUGUGAAAGCUCCCGCCGAGUUGUAUUUAAAUAAAAUACAACUCACGUGUAAGUAGCCAGUGUGGAUGGCACGGAGUCGCUCACGGCUGAAUGCAGUGGACGUCUGUAAUAAAGGACUCCGCCGAUACA